AUGGCAAUGGCUACAAAAGAAGAAAAGAUACAAUCAAAACAGCCGUCGAUCAAGGAUGCUAUGAACAGUCCUCGUGGCACAAAAUACACAAGUGGUCAUUCUCGACAAAUACAAUUGUCUAAAAUGGUAACAAAUGAUCUGAUUAAUGGUCUCGUAUUACCGCUGUCAAUUGUUGAGCGAACUGAAUUUCUUCGAGCAAUGCAUACUGUUUAUCCGAAGUUUGUCGUUCCAUCUCCACGUUCUAUAUGCCGUGAUGUUUUACCAAAGACUGUCGAAAAGGUCGAAAGUGAACUGAAGCGUAUCUGCAAAUCAAGUCGUUUUGUUUCAGUGACAAUUGAUACCUGGACCGACAGAAGAAUGCGAUGUUUUUAUGGAAUUACAAUUCAUCUAAUUGAACAAUGUCUAUUCAAAUCGUAUCUAUUGGCAUUUAAAUACCUUUCAGUGGUGUUCAUAGGAAUUUCACAUCGUGGUGAAAACGAAACAUUGGUUAAUGGAAUUCAAUUGUAG